CUUUAGCCGGCUUCCAUUUCCACUCUGUUGUUGCACUUUAUAUUGUAUGAGAGCUCAAUACAACACAAUACAAGCUGUUACCAACGAAGAAACAAACUCAAGAGUCAAAACAGGAAACCAGCCCAUAGAAGACAGAACAGUGGAUGGACCAGCGAGAGACAGACAGUGAAGAGGAAGGAGUAUAAGAUAAAGAGGGCUGGUCAACAGCGUCAGAACAUAUCAAAUCCAGGCAGACUCCUCCUCCUUGGCCUGCCAAUCUGAACGAAACGUCCCCACUACACACACACACACACACACACACACACUGCUCCGAGCAUCUUCAGAGAUGCCAACAGGGUCCCAGCCAGCUGCCAGCCCCUCUCCCAGCCUGCCCCUGUGUGCCCGGCCCUGAGCCCUGACCACAAGCUGACCCCGUGGCUGUAGGAGCCCCACCCCCCAGUGCAGCUGUCCUCCACACAGCCAGGCGGCGCCCUGACCCGGACAGGCAGCGCUACUAACAGGCAUGGCUCCAAUUCGGGACUCGGUCAGCCACUCCCCUAACCAAACAGGUUUGGACCACCCUGGCCUGGAUUCGCAGUAUGAGAAUUGCCCGUGGAGCUCUGGUUCUCCCUGCAGCAGUGACACCAACAGUAACUGGGGCAAGGUGCUGGUAGACUCGGUCUGCAGUGACGCGCCUUCCUCCUCGUCCAACUCGGCAUCCGGCAGCAGCUCCGGCAGCGACCCCGAGCUCACCUCAGAAUGCAUGGACACAGACUCCGCCUCUAGCUCUGGCGGCUCGGAGAAGAACUUGGUCACCGUGAUGACGUUGUCGUCGCCGCCCGGCGUUAACGGAGACCGUAACGGGAACCACUUCUCCCCCCUGACGGUGACUAACGGCUGCGCCCCUCCUCCCUGUAGCAGCAGCAAUAACGUCAUAAUGUGUAACGGGCGGUGA